UUCAUUUCGUAAAUAGCGUCUAUUUGGUUGCUGGCGUUGGUCGUAUUUUACAAAAGUGAACGUUAAUUGCGUGUUUGCUGAAUGUUUUAACAUCAGACUGCUAAUUUUCAAUUGAUGCACAAUGGCAGGCAAAGAUCGCGUCUUUAGCUUUUGUCCGGAAGAGUCGAGGAUUGAUAAUGUGAAGAACGAUAACGAGGACGAAAACCGUGGACCGGUGAUGAAAACGAGCGCUGUGAAACUGGAUAAGGACAAUCUGCAGAAGCCUUUGUUUGAAUUGAACGUAUUCGAGCGGAACUACCAGUACGCACGUAUUUACGACAAUAGGCGAUCCGCGCUGAAGGCUCAGAAGGAAGAGGAAGAGAGCAGCCAUUGCCACUUCAAAGCAUCACCGAUGCUGAUCUCAAAUCCACCGAAAGAGCAAUCCAAGUUUCCGAAAUUUACUGUCCCUAAUACACCGGAAGUGUUGAAGCGUGAACGUGGACCCAGGACGUGAAUGUAGCUGAGCUGUGUUACAUGCGUGUGUGUGCUCUAGUUAUGCAGUUCAUAAUGGAGGCUUCCGAGUUCAGGUCGAUGUCUCUAUACUGCUAAUAAAAGGAAUAUUAUAAAUGCUACCUAGCUAGUGCUAGCUUCAAGCCGCAGUUCGUGCAUUAAGCAGAGUUUUAUCAAAUUCUAUCGAAUUCAAUCAAUUCAAGAUUCAUCUUCAUUCGCAUUGCUAUAGGAUUAAAACUUUCUCAUGUAAGUGAAUUGUAAUACAUAGAAUGACGUUUUUGUAAUAAGUAAUGAAAUGGGGAAAAAU